AUGUCUCGCUCACCUCAUCGCGAUAACGACCAGGCCUCGACCAACUACAAGGAAGCCUUCUCGCUAUUCGACCGCCGCGGGUCCGGCAAGGUCUCGCUGGAAUCGCUGGGCGACCUGCUGCGCGCCUGCGGUCAGAAUCCCACCCUCGCCGAGAUCUCGGAUCUGGAGAAGAGCGUCGGAGGGGACUUCGAUUUCGAGUCGUUCUUGAAGGUGCUCAACCGUCCCGGUGGAUUCCGUGAGCCCGGCGAGCCCGACGAAUACUGUCGCGGAUUCCAGGUGUUUGAUAAGGAUUUGACCGGGUUUAUCGGAGUGGGACAGCUUCGCUACAUCUUGACGAAUCUUGGGGAGAAGAUGUCGGAUGAAGAGGUUGACGAGCUGCUGAAGGCCGUCGAUACCAGCUCCGGCGAGAUCAACUACACCGAUCUUGUCCGCACCAUCCUGGCCAACUAA